AUGAGGUCCACAGUAAAUAUCGGCUUGGUGCCGAUCAUUCUCGUGCUGAUCGCCUACUGCUCCGGAGCAAUCGCCGACAAAGGUUCCUGCAACUCGUCGGAUAACUGCACCCGGACGAUUUACACCUGGGAAGGUGGACGUAUUGUGUGGCCAUGUCCCACCACCAAACGGCUCAUUACCAGCACCGGCAAGUACACGCCGCGUGAUCUGAUCGCGAUGCGUUGCCAGCGUGCCGGCAAACACACGCUGUGCGUUUUCCCGCGCUACAAAAGCAGUAAUCCGAUCACGCUGAGCAAGGUGUACGCCACCAAGAAGGGUUGUGACGUCAAGUUCGAACCGUUCCCGUGCUGGAACGAGCAGGAGGAAGGCAACUGCAAUGCGCUCCAGUCCGCCAUCGAUCUGUACAGCGACGGAGACUACGUGUGGGUGCUGGACAGUGGCGUAACGCAAUCGCAUCGUGCACCGUUGCAACGAUGCCCGCCAAAGGUGGUGGUAUAUUGUAGCAAAACUGGCAAAAAGCUAAAAACGAUUAAUCUGGCCCGAUUUGUGACGGAAAAAUCGCGCCUCCAGUACAUCCAGGUGGAGUGUCUGAAGGGUGGCCGAUGCUACGUGUACGUGAGCGAUCCGGGCAAUAAUGCGAUCAUCGUAUACGAUGUGUAUAACGGGCGUGGCUAUCGGGUGAUUCUGCCGAAGGCAGUCCAUAUGGGUUGUCGCUAUCGAGACAUGCUGUACAUCUUCCUAUCGAAGCACAAGGACGGUACGCGGCUUUACUUUACGUAUCUUGGCGGUCAUCGUCUCUUUGCGAUCAAGACGGAACAUCUGCGUAAGGGACAUGGUGGCAACAUUAUAGACAUUGGUGAGAAACCACACGUACCGGUGUUCCUCGGAACGGACGGUGGUCCCGGUGUGUUCUUCCGGGAGGAAGGUGAAUCGAACAUCUACUACUGGAACACCAACAGUUGCUACAAAAAGACCAACUUUAAGCUGGUGUACAAGAGCGUGCUCGGCCUGUACGCAACCCACGUGUUCCCAGAUCUCAAUCUUAACCGUCUCCUGGUGCUGGAAAGCGAUUUCCCAAGCUACGUGAAGGAUCAUGCUGGCUGUGGUACGCUCCAUCAAAUUUCCAUCCUCGAUGGAAGCUGCAAGUGUCAUGGAGGUUCGUAA